ACAUAAGUACAUAAGUAGAGGUACACUCGCACUCGCAUCUUUGUCAGCACAUUACAUUUGCAUACGAUUCGAAUUCCAAUACUCGGCUGGCUGAUUAUUUUCAAAUUUCUUCGAUAAAACGUGACUUUGGCGGGUUUUUGUCUGCUCGUAAUUACACGACGUAAUACGCGUACGCCGCGCCGUACAUCUACAUACAUAUUGCACGAAUGCACGCGUCUUGACUUUCAGUAGUUUCUUCGUUUUUUGCCAAUUUUCGUUAAUCAGUCGAGUAUUUCGUGUCGUGUUGGUUUUUGUGCGCUGAUUAGGCCCAAAAGUACCUAGAUACUAUUUACCUUCUAAUACCUAUCGCCUAUCGCCUAUCGACUAUCGGGCCCGAUACCGCCGAGAAGUGCUUUCAGUUAGUUGCAACUUGCGUCUUGUAAUCAAUCAAUCAACCAGCCAGCCAGCCAGCCAGCCAGUUGGUUAGUCGCAAGACUGCGCGUACGCGAUCGCGACUAUAAAUGACGAAAAUGAAGAGUCCGGAUUACCGCACGAUUUACUUGACACUGCUUCGAGCGUUUUUCACCCAUAUGGAGUUGAUAGCGCGAUUUAUUUUUUCGUUGACCGUAUACUUCGGAUGGAUCGCUUCGCCGGUGUACACGAUACUGGCAUUAAGACCCAAGAAACACUUGCCGCCACCCAAACAACCCGAAAUCUUGGAUCUAAGCGCCGUAGCAUUGGCGAAAAAGAUUAGAAAUAAAGAGUUGACCAGCGAACAAGUGACCAAGGCAUUUAUCGAAAGAUGUCGCGAAGUUAACGGAGACUUGAACGCGAUUGUGGAAGAGCGUUUUGCGGCGGCCAUCGAAGAAGCCAAAAAUGUAGAUCGCUUAAUCCAAAGUGAUACGCUGUCCGGGCGAGAAAUUGAAACCGAAAAACCUUUACUCGGCGUUCCCAUAACCGUGAAAGAAGCUUGUAAAGUAGAAGGACUGAGUCACAGCGUAGGCGCAAAAUUACGAAAAGGCGUGAAAGCUGAGGAAAACGGCGAUGCGGUUGCCAACCUGAGGAAAGCAGGCGCCAUACCGUUGGCUGUCACCAAUACGCCCGAAUUAUGCUGCUCGGUGGAAACGUACAACAGCGUCACCGGUUACACGUGCAAUCCUUACGAUUUAAGAAGAAGUUGCGGCGGCUCUUCCGGCGGAGAGGCAGUCUUGAUCGCGUCGUCGUCGUCGCCUCUCGGCAUUGGAUCCGAUUUUGCUGGCUCGAUUCGCAUGCCGUGCCUGUUCACCGGAAUCUUUGGCCAUAAACCGACCGCCGGAGUCGUAUCGAAUAAAGGCCAUUUUCCCGAUCACGCCGAUAAAGAAUUUCAAAAACUACUCAACAUCGGACCGAUGAGUCGUUACGCCCAAGAUUUGAAACCGGCAUUGAAAAUUAUAGCCGGAUCGAACGCGGACGCUUUAAACCUCGAUCAAACGGUCAACUUGAACGACUUGCAAAUCUACUACAUGCUAGACAAAGGCUUCAUGUACUCCGAAAUAUCGGUAGAUUCGACAAUCAAAAACGCCAUCCAGAAUUCCGCCAAAUACUUCCAAGCUACACACGGCUGUUUCGUUCAACAAAUAGAUUUGCCCGAAAUGCAAGAAACGUGCGAAAUAUGCGUAUUACAGACGGCCGAAGUAGAAGGUCUGAAACAAGUAUUUUGUCUCAAAGAUAAUCCCAAGGACGAAUGCAGCGUGAUAAUGGAAUUCCUGAAGCUACUGGUGAAUAAAUCGGAUUACUCGAUACAACUGCUGUUGAACAGAUUCAUCGUCGAAUCGUGCUUAUUCAUUCCAACGUACAAGAAGUACAAAUACGCGACCGUGAAAAACAACUUGAUGAAACGUCUAAAGGAAACGCUGGGAGAUAACGGAGUACUGCUGUUUCCAACUUUCGCUACACCGGCGCAUUACAAAUACCAAUUAGUGUGGAAACUAUCUUCGUUGGGUUAUCCGAUGAUUGUCAACGUGCUCGGCUUCCCAGCCACGCAAGUUCCUCUAGGAUUAAAUAAAAGCGGCUUACCCGUCGGUUUUCAGGUAAUCGCCGCGCCGCAUCAAGAUCGACUCUGUCUGGCGGUAGCCGAAGAACUGGAAAAGGCAUUUGGCGGUUGGAUUCCUCCCACGUACUCCUCCUAGCUCCUAGCUCCUAGUCCUAUACUGUAAAGUGUAAAUUUUAUUGUAAUGUGGCCAUAAUUAGCUGUUACUCGUAUGUUAUGACGUUCGUUUGUACCAACCGUACGUACUCGUAUGUCGUGUACCGGCGUGUCUGUGUACGUAUAUAAUUUCGAGAUUUACUUAAAUAUGUACAGUAUACCUACUUUUAAGGCAACGAUGUACCAUUCUACCCUUGCCGCUUUUAUUUAUGUACUUUUGGCAUAUUUACAAUAUACGAGUAUGUACCUAGGUAGUAGGUACACCGCUACUCUUACUUGAAUUACUUAUAUGUACCUAGACCUACGUAAGUAUAAGAACUCGUAUAAGUCUACCUACUCCUCUUCGAAUUUAUUUUUCUCGAUCUGUUUUUCGUGAUAAUGUCGCUAUGCGCUAUCGCAUAGUGGGACCGAUGAAUCAUUCCAGCUGGCCGAACCACUAAAAAUGAAACUAUCUAAAACAACUAAGUAUUCUACUAGGACCUACUCGUAUUUCACUUGCUAGAACUACGUACGAGUAGGUAUAGUUGGAACCACAGAACAGUGGCCGAAAUGAUACUCUGUACCUGCUGUGUGUGUUUUUUGACCUUCUGAUUUAAAAUUUUACGAUGGUUUCACCCAAAAUAACCGAAAGUGUCUAGAUCAAGUCUGUAAUAGGUGUUCUUAUUCUCUCGGUUUCAAACCUUAUCGUAAUUAAAAUCAACAUUCGACAAGAGACUGAAGUAGAAAGUCUCGUGAGUAACAUUCAAAAUUCUUUGUUUUCGACUCGUGUAAUAUUGAAAUUUCAUAAUGAUUAAAGAGCGCCAACACGCUCGAAUAUAAAUCAAAUUUUCAAUCUCAGACCUUGGCCGUCUGUCCAAAGUUGAAUAUUGCGGGCUCUCAAAAGUAGUAUUUGUGAUUUCAACAAACGAGACACUUGGCCCGAAAAUAUUGGAAAUUCAAAUUUUAGCACUAGCUCACCCCCCUCCCAAUCGAGGAUCGCUGUUUUAUAUGUAUAGGGUAAAACUAAAACCAAAAAACGUCUAAUUUUGGCCAGUUAAUUUUUCAUUGGUCCCACCGUGUACGUGUCGUCGUCAUCAUUGUUACUAUUGUUGAUGUUUUUAUAGUUGUUAUUUUUUUUCUUCUUUUUCAACGCUACCUACAUGUGUCUCGAUUAAGAAAAUACACGCAUGUACUCGUAAA